UUCCGGUUUUCAAGACAAAUCCAACAUGGCUGCUCCCUUGUAGACGUUUCCAGGCUUCCUGCUGUUGUGGAGUGGCUGCAAACCAUGAGGGAUUGCUGGUGAACACAGAGAGCAAUAUUUCUAAAUGCUGAACGCCACCAUGGAUGCAAAAGCAAUAGUCCACUGUGCCGUGCAGAUAGAGAGAUCCAAUGCAGACCGAAGCUUUGGGAACGCGUUGACCCUCCUCGGUGACCUCGAUAAGGCUCAUCUCACGGCGGAGCAGCUGGAAACGACAGACGUUGUUAAACGUCUCCACGGGCUCCUGGAAAGCUGCUCUGACGACGGCGUGAAGAAGACGGCGAAGAGCUUGUUGUCCAAGUGGAAGAGGCAGUACGGCGAAGACACCCGAGGCACAGAGGACCCCGAGCUCUCUCAGAGGGGGCCUCUACCGGACGAGGACGGAGGAGUCUCCGAGCAGUGUGCGCAACAGGAAGCAGAAGAUGGGCUUUCUUCCUCUGCAGAGGGCUCCUCCGCAUCCUGCAGCCUCUCACCAGUAAGGUCCAAAUGUGUUCAGCUCCUUCUUGCUGCCCUCCGCCCCCAACUUCCCGAUGGAGGCAAGGCCGCAGAGCUGGCCGCGGACAUCGAGCGGCACGUCCACGAGCUGCACCGCUCCAUCAAAUACAAAGCCUGCGUGAGGAGCAAGGUGGCCAACUUGAGGAAUCACAAAAACCGGCAUCUGCGACGGGGCCUCCUGAGCGGCGCGCUGUCCCCCGAGGCCUUCGCCCGGAUGUCUGCAGAGGAGAUGGCCGGCGCAGAGCUCCGGCAGCUCAGGGAGGAGUACUCGUCCCGGGGCGUGAGCGAGAGGCAGCUCCCCCGGGCGCCAGAAGGGACGCGGACGCAGAAGGUGCGCUGCAAAAGAUGCGGGGGGUCAGACUGCAGGGUGACGCAGGUGUCCAGGGGGGCCCUGUUCUUGCCCGCGUGGGUGAGGCAGAGCGGCCCCGACGAGGACGCCAUGACCUUUGUGACCUGCAGCGGGUGCGGGAAGCAGUGGUACCACAGCGGCUGGGUCUGCCUCUGAAUACAAGUCUCAGAUCCAUCAUUAAGGGGGAACAAAUAUCUACUCAUCAAUUAGUCAAUCACAGUGAUCAGCUUAGAAUAUUUAUGAUAGUAGACUAAAUACAUGUGGGUUGGUUGAAUGAAACAAGACAUUUGAAGAUGCCAAACACGCUGUUUUCAAUUAUUUCUGACAUGUUAUUGAUCAAACAUUUGAAUAAUUAAUUAUAAUUAUCAACAUGAUAAUACGUUGGCUUCUUUUGGGAGUAAGUCUUUUAUUGUUAUUCAAUGAAUUCAUCAAACUACUUAUUUUUUUUAGACCAAUACGUCACUUUUUUGGUACUUAUUGACAUGACAUAAACUGCUAUUGUUUCCGAUUUUAAUCGUUGUUCUCCUGUUGUCAGUUUCUUGUCUGGAUUGAGAAACUUUGAGUUAUAAAAAUUGUUCUCGAGGCUUCGUGGUUUCUUGUUUAUUGAACAACAAAAUGAGACAAAAGACAUUUUUGUCUGCAGCCUCUUAAAUAGUAUUAAAGUAAGUAGUAAAAAGUGUUCUCUGUAACACUGAAA